AUGAUGUUCAGUGCCUCUGUUGGCCACCUCUGCCAAGGGACGAUACCCGGGUUUAUUCGCAUAGCUCGCCACCAGGCCUCUCGUCGCCAUGGCCAGCGCCCGCACGUUCGAUGGCUCGCCGCCCUCACCAACGGCGUCGCGAAACAGCAGAAGAGCCUAGCCCUCCCGUCUCAGUCGCGAUACAACGAGAUCGGCGUCCAGCAGCUCAGCUCGCACGUGUACGAUCAGAUCUUCCCCGAUGGAGGCAAGCCUGCUCCCAAGGAGCUUGUGGAAUUGUCCAGAGACCAUCUGCGACGUCACGAUCUCCUCGGCAAGAACACCGACAACUCCGGACCGAUCUCCUUUAACCUGCCGCCGCUGCAAGGGCGCACCCUCGACGAACACUUCUUCAAGCUUGGCAAGGACAGCGCGGAGCCAUUCUUGCGAUAUGCCAAGGAGUUUGCGCGGUCCAACCCGCCGCUGAAACCGCGGAAAUGGGUACGACGCAGCGGAUGGACAAAGUACUAUCCAGACGGCAAGACCGAAGCGGUCAAUGCGCCCGACGAGAACAUGCUGUGUUUUGACACCGAAGUGAUGUGGAAGGAGAGCCCAUUUGCCGUCAUGGCGUGCGCCUCGAGUCCAACAGCCUGGUAUGCUUGGCUCUCGCCGUGGUUACUGGGCGAGACAACGAACGACAAGCAAUUGAUUCCCAUGGGUAAGCCUACGAAAGACCGCAUUAUUGUCGGGCACAAUGUUGGGUUCGACCGCGCCCGGAUUCUGGAGGAAUACGACAUCAAGCAGACGAGAAAUGCUUUCAUGGAUACAAUGUCCUUACACGUUGCCGUCAAUGGCAUGUGCUCCCGGCAGCGACCGACUUGGAUGCGCCACAAGAAGAAUCGUGAAUUGCGAGAACGUGUCGCUACGGAAACCGAGGAUCAUAGCCUUGCAGAGCUGCUGUCCAGCAAGAGCGCGCAUGAUGAAGAGGAAUUAUGGGUAGAACGAAGCUCGGUCAAUUCAUUACGAGAUGUCGCCAAGUUUCAUCUCAAUGUCUCGAUCGACAAGGCCGUGCGGGACGACUUUGGCGAGCUCGAUAGAGCCGGUAUUAUGGGCAAACUGGAUGAAUUGCUGGACUACUGCGCAGCCGAUGUGGCUAUCACCCAUCGUGUCUACCAGAUUGUCUUUCCCAAUUUCCUGGAAGUUUGCCCGCAUCCUGUCAGCUUCGCUGCACUCCGUCACCUAUCGUCCGUCAUACUCCCGGUCAACAAGUCUUGGGAUGCGUACAUUGCAAAUACGGAGGCGACCUAUCAUAAGUUGUCUGACGCUGUCCAAGAACGCCUUGUGGCCCUUACUGAAAAAGCGCUGGAGAUCAAAGAGGAUCCGGACACCUGGCGGAACGAUCCGUGGAUGAAACAGCUGGACUGGUCUGGGCAGGAGAUUAAAAUGGUCAAGGGCAAGAAGAAGAAUGACCCUCCUCGACCAGCGGCUCGACAGAAGAAGCCAGGCAUGCCGCAAUGGUAUAAGGAUCUCUUCGCUAAGAAUGAUGCGCCGAUCAACGUCUCAGUACGCACACGUAUAGCGCCCCUAUUGCUGCGCCUUUCCUGGGACGGACACUCGCUCACCUGGUCGGAUGAGUAUGGGUGGACCUUCCGAGUGCCCAAGGCACAAGCUGCCAAGUACGUUGGUAAACAGAUGGUGCAGUGCACAUUUAGUGAAAAGGAGGCGGCCCUUCGAGACGAUCGCGACCAUGCGUACUUCAAGUUGCCGCACAAGGACGGACCCACGGCUCGAUGUGCGAACCCGAUGGCCAAAGCAUAUCUGACGUACUUUGAGAACGGGAUACUAUCGUCUGAGUACCCGUACGCUAAGGAAGCUCUCGAAAUGAACGCCUCUUGCUCCUACUGGAUCAGCGCUCGCGACCGCAUCAGGUCACAGAUGGUCGUCUACGACGAGGACAUCCCAGGUGCUAUCAAACGCAAGACGAAGAAGGCAGUUGCCGCCAGCGAGGGGUACAUUUUGCCGCAGAUCAUUCCAAUGGGGACCAUCACGCGCAGAGCCGUCGAGAAUACGUGGCUGACAGCGAGCAACGCCAAGAAGAACCGCGUUGGGUCGGAGCUCAAGGCUAUGGUGAAGGCUCCUGAGGGUUAUAUCUUUGUAGGCGCCGAUGUUGACUCUGAAGAGCUGUGGAUCGCGAGUCUCGUGGGCGACGCCACAUUCAAGCUUCACGGCGGCAACGCUGUUGGCUUCAUGACACUGGAGGGAACCAAGGCUGCAGGCACCGAUCUGCAUUCACGGACAGCCUCCAUCCUCGGCAUUACCAGAAACGAUGCAAAGGUCUUCAAUUACGGUCGUAUCUAUGGAGCCGGUCUCAAGUUCGCCGCGACACUCCUGCGCCAGUUCAACCCGUCUCUGUCCGAAAAGGAGACUAUGACAGUCGCCUCGAAGCUCUAUGCCAACACAAAAGGCACCAAGACGACGCGACGGACCCUGCACAAGCGUUCGUUCUGGCGCGGCGGUACGGAAUCGUUUGUGUUCAACAAACUGGAAGAGUUUGCGGAGCAGGAAAGACCACGUACACCUGUCCUUGGCGCAGGGAUUACUGAAGCUCUCAUGGGACGCUUCGUCAACAAAGGCGGCUACUUGACGUCCCGCAUCAACUGGGCCAUCCAGUCGUCUGGCGUGGACUAUCUGCACCUCUUGAUCGUCGCGAUGGACUACCUCAUCCGGCAAUUCAACCUGGACGCGCGCGUGGCGAUCACUGUGCAUGACGAGAUUCGCUACCUCGUCAAAGAAGAAGACAAGUACCGUGCUGCCAUGGCUCUCCAAGUGGCCAACGUCUGGACGCGCGCCAUGUUUGCCCAACAGGUCGGGAUCGACGACCUGCCACAGUCGUGUGCCUACUUCUCGGCCGUGGACUUUGACCAUGUCUUGCGCAAGGAGGUGGACAUGGACUGUGUGACGCCUAGCCACACCACCCCAAUACCUCACGGCGAGAGUCUCGACAUUGUGUCCCUGCUGCACAAGGGGGGUAAGGCGCUUCUGGAUCCCAAUGUCGUCCCCGAUCCCAAAUAUGCUCCCAAGCUCGACGGCAUUGAAUACACGCCACGCACACCGGUGAUGCAGUCGAUCCAGGAAGCCGCCGAGGAGAGCCCAUACUUCCUGCGGGCGCAGAUCCUGAGCGAGGACGAGGAAGUCAGGAAUCUCAUCAAGGAGAUGAAAAAGGCAGAGGCCGCGUCCGGCACCUCUGCAAAGACAGUGACGAAGAAGUCUCUGAAAUCCGUCUUACCCUACCACGCACACCCACACCUGGUGCCCAUGGAGGAGACCAAGAGCGUUUCCGAGUUGAUGAACAAGCAACGACUGCACGGGUACGACGCCAAGAAACACUGGAACCAGUGGCAGAAACCUGCGACGAAGAGCUGGAGGCCCCAUAACUCGAGGAUGUGA